UCGGGUCUCCUUUACCCAGUGCUGAGCAGCGGCGUGAGACAUCACUCGGCACCACUUCAUCCUUCCAGCAGUCAGCCAGUCUACUCUCGCCAUGAACAGCAUGAACCCCCGUCAACCUCUCACAGGCAGAGCACUUGCUCUAGCCUCUCCAGGGGCAGCAGCAGCAGCAGCAGCCCCGGUCCCCGUCUGGCUACCAAUCCUCUGCGCCGCCCUGUAUGUAUUCCUCGCCCUCUCGCACGCCUACCAGAGUGGAGCGACAAAGCACAGAUGCAUGCUCGUGGUAGUGCUUGGAUGUCUUAUGGGAGCGGCAGACAAUUGCUUGCAAGUAUGGGCACACUACCUGCCCGUAUCUAUGGUAGAGGCAGGGGCAGAGGCAGAGGUGAGAGCCAUCGCAGUCGCUCAACAGCUCCUGUUGCUUCUUCCGCCGCAGCUUUUUGCUGCUGUGCAGUACUUCACUUUCAGCAGGACGCUGGAGCUCUUCGGACCGGAGGUGGCCUUGCUUCGCGCUAGGCCCAAGGCCAUACUGGCUGUGUUGCUCGUACUAGAGGGGCUUGCAUUGGUGCUUCAGGCCGUCGCAGUGGGGCUAAGUGCUGAUGGUCUGACGGCGACGGGAGAGGUUGGAACAGGACGUGGCGUGACCGGAGCCAUUCUACUUAUCGCUGGGCUGGGCAUGCGACUCCUAGCCUGUCUGCUCUUCCUCUGCACAAUCGUCGUCUUCCUGACUAGGACAGCACAACUCAGGGACCCGGCCGUCGAGUACUACUCCCACUACACGCCUCGCCUGCGCCUCUUCACAGCAGUUCUCGCAGUGGGCAACCUCCUCGUCACAUCCAGCUGCAUCUUUCGCCUCGUCCAAACCACCAUGGGGAGCAGCGCAAAGCUCACACGAGUGGAGUGGUACUCCUACGCAUUCUACGAACUACCUCUCCUCCUCUGCGUCCUGCUCCUCGGAAUUUUCCACCCAGGGCACGUCUUACCUCUCGAGCACGAUGGAGCCGUCACCGAAGCUGGCGAGCUGCGUGAAGCCCUGGUAGAGGGCAUGACACCGCUCCCUCCCAGGGGCAUCUCUCGAGCCGCUAGCAGCUUCCAUUGUCGAGCAGGUGGGCGCGUCCCACAAUCACCCCUGUCGCCAACGAUGAUGUGGCGAGAGCGGGCGGCGAACACAGGUCGUGGAGUGGUGCACUCCAGGAAUGUAUCGAUGCCAGAUUCGAAUACGACAAUUGUGGACGUGGACCGCGAGGGGCAGGAGAUGACGUAUGUAGAGUUCUUGUCUAGCGAGGGUGCUAGCAAAGUUUAGGGAGAGCCCUAAUGGAGUGACCCUGGCAUCAGAGAUUUGUCGUGUAGCUUACUUGACAGCUCGAGAGGCAUUCCUUUCGCGACACCGUUGAUUGUAUCGUCUGAUCUAGCUCGUCGAGAACUUUAUUAUUAUGCUAUCUCAUUGCCAAUUGUAUCCUGGCUCGAUACAUCACACAGUCCGUCUGCGAUGAGUCUUUGCCUCG